AUGCAGCGAUCGGCUUGGAUGGAGAAUUCGAAGUCAUGGAUGCCCUUCUGGUCUGAACCAAAAACCAAGUGCUCAGUUUAUGGGGUAUGUGGAUCUUUUGGGAGCUGCAAUGACUUCACUUCACCCUUCUGUAACUGUGUUAAGGGUUUCAGGAUCAAGUCUCAGACAGAUUGGGAUUUGGGUGAUAGAAGUCAGGGUUGUGAGAGGAUGACUGCUUUACAAUGCGGUGGUCUAAACAACAACUCUGCCAGUUCAGAGAAAGAUGGCUUCUUUGAGAUAACAAACGUUAGGCUACCUGAUAGCCCCAACACUUUGGCCACAGCUGCAAGUAGGGAAGGCUGCGAGUUGGCUUGCUUGAGUAAUUGCACUUGCAGUGCUUAUUCUUACAAUGGUAGUGGCUGCUUUGUUUGGCAUGGAGGGUUGCUGAAUCUGCAAGAACAAUAUAAUGAAGCUGAUGCAGGUAGUCUUUACCUACGCUUGUCUGCCUCGGAGUUGCAAACUUCUGAAAGAAACAAGAAGAAAGUGGCAGGUUGGGCUAUCAUCGGUGCCAUUGUUCUGGCCAUCUUAGUUUCUAUCGUUCCUGCCACUUUGAUUGUGGUUAAGAAGCGAGAAAGUAGGCGGAUGAUUGAGAAAGCAAAGGCUAUGCAGAGUGGCCUCGUCUCGUUCUCAUACAGUGAGCUGCAGCAAGCCACACGAAAGUUCUCAAAGAAGCUCGGGGGAGGGGGCUUUGGAUCAGUGUUUAAAGGAUCGUUGCCUGGCUCAAUUGAUAUUGCUGUGAAGAAGCUUGAGGGCCUUUACCAAGGCGAGAAGCAGUUCCGAGCGGAGGUGAGCACACUAGGAGCCAUUCAACAUGUAAACCUCAUUAGGCUAAUCGGCUUUUGCUCUCAAGGGACCAAGAAGUUGUUGGUCUAUGAGUUCAUGCCAAGCGGUUCGUUAGCUGAUCAGCUUUUUCGUAGCAACUCGAAUGUCUUGGACUGGAAAACAAGAUAUCAAAUUGCCAUCGGAACUGCUAGAGGAUUAGCCUAUCUCCACGAGCAAUGUAGGGACAACAUCAUACAUUGUGACAUAAAGCCAGAGAACAUACUGUUGGACGAUGCACUUGUUCCAAAAGUAGCUGAUUUUGGUUUAGCAAAGCUCGUCAGUAGGAACUUUAGCAGAGUUCUCACAACCAUUCGAGGAAGUAGAGGGUACAUUGCCCCCGAAUGGAUUUUAGGUAUGUCCAUCACUACAAAAGUAGAUGUUUACAGCUACGGAAUGAUGUUAUUCGAGAUCAUAUCAGGAAAAAGAAACCUAAUGCAUACAGGAGAAAGUAGUUUCGAGUUCUUCCCCUUAGUCGCAACAAACAAACUCAUAAUUGGAGAUAUCAAAAGCUUGCUAGACCAAAGGCUAGAGGGUAAAGCCAACUCGGAAGAGUAUGAAAAAGCUUGUAAAAUUGCUUGCUGGUGCAUUCAAGAUGACGAGAACUCAAGGCCAACGAUGAGUCAAAUUGUUCAAGCUCUAGAGGGCAAUUUAGAUGUAAGCAUUCCUCCUGUUCCAAGGUCACUUCAAGUCCUAAACGAGUCAUGGACCAAGAGCAUCAAUUCCUCUAGUUCACAUCAGAGCUAA